CUAUCCUUCAAUUCUUUCCCUCUCCACUCUUCUGGAGCUCGUUGAUGGUGCAAGAAACUCUCUUUACAUUUUCUUCUCUCUCUUCAUAUUACGCGUCGUGGUCUCUUGUUGGACUCGUCUUUGCGCUUGUAUUUUCCUGAGAGGUUCGUGGAGCUGUGCUGUGGUGGGGUGAUCUGAAAACAGAGAGAAGCUUCAAUUGAACCCACGAUGUCUGCUUCUGCGCUGCUGAAGAGCCGGGUGAGGCGGCCGAGCUAUUUGAACAAGAUUGCGAAGGCGGAGGAUCUAAUCCAUCAUUUUCCGAAUGGCGCGUAUGUGGGCUGGAGUGGGUUUACUGGAGUUGGAUACCCCAAGAUGAUCCCCAACGCCCUCGCCACCCACGUCGAAAAGAACAAUCUCCAAGGCCAACUGAAAUACAACCUCUUCGUGGGUGCCUCUUCCGGCGCCGAAACCGAGAAUCGCUGGGCACGGAACAACAUGAUUGAGCGGCGGUCCCCUCACCAAGUCGGAAAAGAAAUCGCGAAAGGCAUCAAUAACGGCAAUAUCAAGUUCUUUGAUAAGCAUCUCAGCAUGUUUCCGGUCGAUCUGAUGUAUGGGUUCUAUACGAUGCACAAGCCAAAUCAGAGGCUAGAUGUCACGAUCGUGGAGGCGAGUGCAAUUACGGAAGACGGCGGGAUUAUUCCGGGCGCGAGUGUGGGAGCGAGUCCGGAGCUGAUUCAGAUGGCGGAUAAGAUUAUCAUUGAAGUGAAUACAGCUGCGCCCUCCUUCGAAGGCUUACACGACAUCACGAUGACGGAUCUGCCACCACGCCGGAAACCGUAUUUGAUCAUGGCACCCGAGGAUCGCAUCGGCACACCGCAUAUCCCACUCGAUCCGGAACGCGUCGUUGCAAUCGUAGAAUCAAACUAUCCAGAUCAGACUCAGCCAAACGCCCCCGAGGACGAAACAUCGCGAGCAAUUGCUUCGAAUCUGAUUGAGUUCUUGAAACAUGAGGUCAAGCAUGGAAGACUACCUGAGAAUCUUCUCCCUAUCCAGUCGGGCAUCGGAAACAUAGCCAACGCGGUCGUCGGCGGUCUUGCGUCCGGCGGUGCCAACUUCAAGAAUCUGAAAGUCUGGACUGAAGUCCUCCAAGAUUCGUUCCUAGAUCUUUUUGACAGCGGUAACCUCGAUUUUGCGACUGCAACAAGUAUCCGAUUCUCGCCAGACGGUUUCGAGCGUUUCUACAAAGGCUGGAAAGACUAUGCCCCAAAGCUGCUGCUUCGGUCUCAGCAAGUUUCUAACUCCCCCGAGAUUAUCCGUCGCCUGGGAGUCAUCGGAAUGAACACACCAGUCGAAGUCGACAUCUACGCGCACGCAAACAGCACCUGUGUCAUGGGCUCCCGAAUGCUGAAUGGACUCGGCGGCUCCGCUGACUUCUUACGGUCCUCAAAAUACUCGAUCAUGCACACCCCUUCUACGCGCCCAACCAAGACCGACCCCACCGGCCUUUCUUGCAUCGUACCCAUGUGUACGCAUGUAGACCAAACCGAACACGAUCUCGACGUUGUCGUAACCGAGCAAGGCCUCGCCGAUGUCAGGGGUCUCUCACCACGAGAGCGUGCUCGAGUCAUCAUCAAUAAGUGCGCUCAUCCCGAUUACAAGCCGAUUCUCCUGGACUACUUCGAGAAGGCUGAGUUCGAGUGCCUGAGGAAGGGAUGGGGUCAUGAGCCGCAUCUUCUGUGGAACGCGUUUGACAUGCACAAGCACCUCAACGAUCAUGGAACUAUGAAGCUGCCGCAUUGGGAUGAUAGGAGUAUCAGCAAGGCGAAGCUAUAAAGGUUGAGUUGUUUCUCUUGUAGCACGGAUUCUUGGGUAGAUUCGCAGAUAGAUG